UGUGUUUAAUGAUUGAAGCAGAAGCCUUUUUUCUCGGUUCACGUGCGCGUUGACUCGGUAUCGUUGUUAUUUAUUUAUUAUUACGAUUCUUGUAUUUGCUCGAUCUCAAAUGGCGCAGAGUAAAUCCACUGGUUCUUUUAUAAGUACUCCUGGUUUUUGUUCUGAUUGUGGGUCAAUUCUACCAUUGUUAGAAGAAACAGGCAAUGUACAGUGUUACGCUUGUAAAAAAAUUUGGGGUCCCGAAGCUUUCGGAGAUAUGGAAAUGUCGUACGUUAUUCACUUUAACAAAAAGAACGUUUAUGGUUCGUCAAAGCAAAAGGAUGACAAAGAGGAAGAGGCGGAAGGUCCAAUCGUCGAAAGGAAAUGUCCUCAGUGUCAGAAUAACAAAAUGUCUUAUGCUACGUUGCAACUGAGAUCAGCAGAUGAAGGGCAGACAGUAUUUUACACAUGCACCAAGUGCAAGAGGUUUCAUUUUCAGAUUCAAAGAGACAGAGAAUUCGUAACAGAAAUUUUUAUUACACAUUUCAAUUUUUACAUUCAAUGUCAUUUAAUUAGAUGAUUGGUAAAUAACCAUCAAAACAUGAAACACUCUGCGUUAAUGAAACAUAGAGCUUUAUUUGUGAUGCACUCAACAAAUAUCAAUGAAUGGGUAAUAGUAAUAAUGAAUCAUAAUAAUUUUCAUAAUAACUCUGAAUUAUCAUUAUAUUUUUCUCCCCCUAAUAAUUCACGAUGAAAAUUUCGUAAUAAUGUAUUUUGUUUUUUUUUUUUAAUUGUAUAUAUUCCAUUAAAUAUUUUGUACAGUACAUUGGAAUAAAAGUUGUAACAAUUAGUUUUAAGAAGUUCCUAUUAAUCUGUCUUCGAAACCAUUACAGUGGUCCUUUUCAUUAUAAAAUCCUGGUAUUUAAAGAGUCUGUUAGUACGUCGCUUACACUACGGGAUAGAUUUUUAAUUGUUAGCUAUUAGUCACAAUAAUGUUUUAUAUUUUCUUUAAUGGUAAAGAGAAAUAGAUACGCGCUAUCAUAUAUCGAGGAAUUAUUUUUCAACAACCAGUCCAGCAACUUAGUUAUAUACACAAUGGAAGUUUCACACUAUGACAGUGUUGAAAAGGCUUUUUAUCCUAACAUUGAUAAAAUCAACAGGAAGGAAUCUUUACACUUAAACAAUCCUCUUCAACGAUUACACUUACUUACUUGCUAUGAAGUUACAUUUCGAAUGUAAAACAAUACAUAAUCAUGCUGAAAUGUAAAACGCACCUAAUAGCAACUUGAAAUUGUUAAUAGACACGCGAAAAGCGGCAGUAUCGAACGCAAAAACAAAUUAUAUACCAUCACCAAUAGUUUCUAAAUCAAAAAAUAGAAGAAAUAAAAUAAAUCAUUUAUCGUC